AAAACAAAAAUGGCUGCUGGGGGUGUUAGGAUUUGUGAAGCCGAAGCAGAUGUGUGCGUUGUGUAAGCUUCAGUUGACAGGCAUCUAACAGCGACAACAACGUCAACGAGUUACAAUGGGAGUACGGAGGAUUAAUACCUCAAACUCAUUCCAAAUGGCUGAACUGGCCGAACUAGCAUCGAAACUCCGCCGCGAGCACCUCUUUGUCGACUCCGAGAAGCGUGAGCUGCAGCGGCUCAACGAACGCGUCCAACGCGCCGUCGAGCGCCUGCAGCACGUCUCCUGGGUCUGGCGGCAUCAGCGAGGAGCAUUGGACGCCCUCAUCCUCGGCAGGGGCCCCAGCAUCAGCGCAGCCACGUGCUGUCGCAGGGUCACCAUCCUCGAAGGGGCAUCCUUUGUAGACUCUUACAGGGCUCUCGGCCUUCACGACGGGGCGUACUCCACCCUCCUGCAGGGCCUACGGCAGGAUCCGAGGCUCGUUGCGUUGUGCCUGGCGCAGGGACCGGCGGCUUCGCUGCAGGCUGUCGUAGAUGUACUCGUAACAUCUGUGUACGGGUGCGGAUCCUUGCCUGCGGACGAAGCCCUCCUCCUGCAUCUCCUGCAGGAGCUGAUGCCCCUGCAGUUGGAAGGGUGCGAUAACGUCAGGCGAAUGCUGCAACAUGGCUCUUGUGCGUUCAGCCGCGUUUACAAGGCCUUCACUGAGGGCAUGCCCGGGGCUAAUCUGUUUCUUACGUCUGCACUGCGUGCUCCGCUAAUUCAGGUCCUGGUAGAUGACGACCUUUUCUUGGACAUCGACCCCAGCAAAGCCGUCGUUCGUUUUCCUCCGGAAGAGCGGCUGCGUCACUUUGGACCUUGCGACUCCUCCGAGUACAGCCAGCGCUUGGGCGCCUACCGCGCCUGGACACUGGACCGCCUCGUUCGGCUGGCACAGGGUUUCCUCGAUGGUCUUCAGGCCUCCUGGCAUUGGUUUCCACCGGCCUUGGCAUCGUUAGUGCGACAGUUGCACACAACACUGCUCAGGAGUGCCGGGGGACUGGAGGAAGGUGGUGCUCAGGCUGGAGCAGUCUGCGCAGACCUGGUGUUUGCAUUCUUUGUGUGUCCGGCAGUCGUGAGCCCCGAACUGGCGGGAUUGGUGGACGCCCACGUGAGCCACAUAGCUCGCUUCAAUCUCAUGCAAGUGGCGCAGAUACUGCAGGUGCUGGCCAUGGCACGCUGGGAACGCCCGGAUCCCAGACUAUCGGACCUAUACGACCGCUUUCCAAGGGACUGCAUAUCGUCCUUGCUGGACUCCCUCCUCGCAGGCGGUCCCACGGACACUUCGCCCUCCUCGCAGCCGCAGUUGGGGGAGUUGGUCCGCACGGGGUUCCUCGCUACGGAAGGUCAACUCCACACUCUGGUGACUUUCCUGCGCAACAUUCCCUGGGAAGGAGACUCUGCGCACCGGAAAGUGCUCGAAUCCCUUCUCGCAACGCUGCCCUCUUCGCCCAAGAAGACCCAGCACAAGAGUAAGAAGACGGAGGGAGAGGGCGACGAAAAUCAAGCAGACGGCUCGCACUGCGAGGAGGUGCUCGUCAUUCCCGUUCCUGACGCCAGCUUCGAGUGUCCCGGGAUGCUGCCCGAAGAAAAGGUAUUGAGCAUGGAACAGCAGAAGCGGCAGACGAAGGUUCGCAUGAACAUGGAAUCGGCGGAAGUCCCGGAAACUGUGGAGAAGCGAACUCGCUUCUCGCUCUCUCAGGACCAGGAGUCAGUGGGUACGAGCGACAACCUGGAAGCCGUAUCAGAGGCGGCCUCAAAUCACUCCGCGGCAUCAUCAUUAGAACUCGAGAACGAUAACUUCUCCGACAUGGUGUCCGCCAACGUAAGUGGUCACGGGACACCCAACAUAAGUGGUCGAGACACACCGUCCUCCCAGGUGGGCGAGGAACCCCUCGAACGUCCCGUCGUCCGACGCAACCAAGAACAGGCGGACAUUGAGGACAAGUUUGGUCGCUUCGAGAUAGCGCACACAACUCCCGUUCAAGGAGACGAAACAAAGUCAAUCGUCAGCGACACGUGGAGCACGGACGUCCUAGCGAGCGACUCCGAGAUGGUGGAACAGAGCACGCAGGCGAGGGAAGCGGCCCUUCCACAGAUGCAAGUGCUCAGCUCACAGCAACUUCAAGCGCCGUCAGACGGCCCCGGAGACACGGGCAGUGACGCGUGGAGCACAGACGUCACGACCUCCGACACGGAGCGCCUUCAAGACGUCGAUACGGACGACACCGGCAGCGUAGCCGCUCGCUCCGACGAUACUCGCUCGGAAAUUUCCGCUGGCGGGGACGAGGAGCUUCCACUGGAACUGCAUGGACGGUCACACCACCACCAUCAUCAUCACCACCACCAUCAUCGAAGACGAAGCAGCCUGAAGCCUCCCCCGCAUUCUCCAAAGCAUCUGAUUGGUGCUUCUGGGGACGCAUCUGUCUUUCCUCUCUUUGUCACCCCUACAUCCCCAGGUGGUGUCUCGAGCACGAGCACGGACGCUGGUGCCACUUCACCAUUUCGCCCCAUUGCAGCGCCAGAGGGCGCCAUGUCACCUCUCUCGUCCAAUCCGAGCCCGGCACAGCCCUAUCCUCCCCUAGCACCUGUAGACCUGAGCCUUCUAGAUCCCCUGGCAGUGCAGGUCGAAUUACGUCACCCGGAACGCAACGCGACGCAAGGUGCCGAGGGCGGAGAGGAAGACGUGACGCCGACGGGCACUCACGCCACACCGUCUCCCUCUGGUGGCACAGUAGAGAGAAGAAGUGAGGAGGACGCCCGCGGGAUGCAGAGCCUCGGUCGACUCAGUCUGGCCAUGAGGGAGCUGCCCGAAGAGGAAGCAUUCCUGUUGCUUCAAAGUGGAGAGGAGGACCUUGUGAAAUCUACCGCGGCGACAGACGAACGUGCCGAAGACAAGAGGAGUAAGAAUUUCUUUCGAAACAAGCUAUCGCAGUUACGUUUUAGCUUCAAGCCGAAGCAGCGCAAGUCUACGGAACGAAUGCAAAACGGACCUGACACACUACCCAGGGCUCUGUCUAGUGACUUUGGAUCAGCUUUAGAAGCGGCUGACAUCCUAGAAAAAUACCGAGGUUGCAGCAGUAGCACGCCAGCUGCUCAAAACGUAGCAUCAGAGGUCAAAGGGGCAGAACCCAAGCCACCUGGUGGUGGUGACCAGAAGCAAACGUCCACUGUGCAUCCUGGAGGAGAAGAGGUUCUCCUGGAAAAUGCGCAGCGCAAGUUGCGGCAGCUGGAACUCGGAUUAAAAUCGCUGGGAAAACCUGUAGUCACUUUUUUUUUCCACUUGAGCGCGAAUGUGACUUCUCCGCAGGUACUAUCGCUGGCAGAGUUGCCUCCGUGGGGUCCACAGGAACCGGUAGCCCUGCUCAGGGGCCUCCUGGCACAGGCGAUGCAUCUUCAGCAGAGGGCACUGGCUUCUCAUAUCCAUGAAGCGCUGCGCUGCCUCACACUGUUGGACGAACAACAGUGCAACAGAGUCGUCAAGACCCUGCGGGAGGAACACCACCAUCGGGCCCCCUACGUGGCCUAUCUGGUGCGCUGCCGUCAGGGCCUACUGGUGACGCUGGCACAUCUGGAGAAUCUCCUGCAGCGCACCGAGCGAGAUCGCACUGUCUGCCACAACCACCUGGCCACACUGUGUGCCAGGCAUUUCCUCGACCGCAGGGAACACCAGCUGCAGCUCUUCCUGAGGCACUUCCAGAGGCUCACUGUUGCCGAUGAAAAGGCACAGGAGGUAGAACGGUUCCUGCAGUCCCUGUUUCAGGAGAUGGAGUUUGACCAAGCAUGGCAGGCAGCAAGUGAUCUGCAGAUGAACCUGGCGCAAAAGAUGAUAGAAAGAUCCAUCAUGAGCCAGAUCUACGUCCACGCACUGUACCCCAACGGAGAUGGAGAUGUCCUCCGAGAUCAGGUGCUGCACCAACACAUUCAAAAGCUUGCCAGGCUUGUGACAGUGGACCACAGGGACCUGAGAAUCCCACGCGUGUACCAUGGCGAGGCACCCUGGCCAAACGCGCAGGCGGAGCUGGGGACCCUCGGGGCCUACAAGAGCCCCGCAGACAAGGUGGCCUGUGUGGCCUCGUGCUGCGCGGCCAUCAUGCACCUCCUGAGCCUUGCGGGUGGCGUUCCAGCGGCAGACGACCUCAUGCCGGUCUUGGUCUACGUGCUAAUCCAAGCCAAUCCGCCACACUUGCUUUCAACUGUGCAGUUCGUGAACACUUUUCACGAGAACAGGUUUCAGGGAGAGGAUGCGUACUGGUGGACACAGUUCUGCUCCGCGGUGGAGUUUAUCAAGACAAUGGACUACUAGUGAACAGUGUGAUAGCAGACGGCAGACUAGUUUGUGUGUGUGUGCGUGCGUGUAUGUGUGCAGCUCCAUCAAUAUUUUCCUUUCAGUACCAAUAUUAGUGGAGGAUCUGUAUGUGUGUAUGAAAAUCCUCAAUUUUAUAUAAAAAAAAACAUAAAUGGCCUUAUGGGUCUCGGAGAACCGUGCUUACUAAAAUGUGUGCCCAGUCAUUUUUCUGUAACCUCGUACCGAGAGAAAUGUGCUGGCUUAUAUUUUGGUAAAUGCGGUUCUUUCAAACUCUAAAAUCCUCGAAAGAAUAGAUACCACGUACUUCCUGUGAAGUGUAGAAUAUAAUAUAAAGAGGUCACAUUUUUUCUGUUAAACGCUAUAAGUUAUUGUUUUAAAAUUAAUAAACUGUCUAUUCAACAGAU